CCCAACGGUUACCGAAUAUCUUCCUUCACCCCCACCAAAACCUCCCAAAUCCUAUCGCUGAUGGCUCUGGUCCGUGAACGCCGUCAGAUUAACCUUCGCCUACCCCUACCGGAACCCUCCGAGCGCCGUCCUCGCUUUCCCUUACCCCUCCCGCCAUCUGCCGCCUCCUCCUCCUCGGCCACCGUAAUCCCAAUCACAGACCUAGAAAAACUCAACGUCCUAGGCCACGGAAACGGCGGCACCGUCUACAAAGUCCGCCACAAGAAGACUUCAGAGAUCUACGCCCUAAAGCUCGUCCACGGUGAUUCCGACCCGACAGUCCGCCGCCAGGUCUUCCGCGAGAUGGAAAUCCUCCGCCGAACGGACUCUCCACGCAUCGUUCGCUGCGAUGGGAUCUAUGAGAAGCCCUCCGGAGAUAUAGCGAUUCUUAUGGAGUACAUGGAUUUAGGAACACUUGAUACUCUGCUUCAACGAAACGGGACCAUCACUGAGUCCGCACUCGCCGAUGUGGCGCGUCAGGUACUGAGUGGACUCAGUUACUUACACGGUCACAAAAUCAUUCACCGUGACAUCAAACCAUCGAAUCUUUUGGUGAAUAAUAAGAUGCAAGUAAAGAUUUCCGAUUUCGGAGUGAGUAAAAUCAUGUGCCGGACAUUGGAUGCCUGUAAUUCGUAUGUCGGGACUUGUGCUUACAUGAGCCCGGAGAGGUUCGACCCGGAUGCUUAUGGAGGGAACUAUAAUGGUUAUGCUGGGGAUAUAUGGAGCUUGGGUUUGACCCUGUUUGAGCUGUACGUGGGUCACUUCCCUUUUCUGCCUCCGGGUCAGAGACCCGACUGGGCGACCCUGAUGUGCGCGAUAUGUUUCGCUGAUCCACCUAGUUUGCCCGACAGUGCGUCGAUAGAGUUCCGGAGCUUUGUUGAGUGUUGCUUGCAGAAAGAGUCGAGUAAGAGGUGGACGGUGUCUCAGUUGUUAUCGCAUCCGUUUGUGAGUAAAGAUCCGAGUCUGUAAAAUGGACGAUGAUUCAACCCGGAUAGGAAUCUGGUUGCCGCAAUUUUGAAUUGUGGGUUGUGUAUACGGCCCGGAUUCGGAAUAUUGUUUUCUUCUUUUGUAUAUUCUGUCUGUAGCCUCUUUUUUCUAUUAAAAAUGAUAAAUUUUAGACGUUUAUUUCAAAUAA